ACGCAAUUCUUUUCGGUGAUGGAUAGAUACGGCCGCUACUUGUCAGACGACCACAGCAAAUAAAAUGAGUGCUGCUUGAUUUUCAACGCCGAAAAACGAUUAAUGAAAUAUGGGCCUGUUGACCAUUUUAAAAAAGAUCAGAACUAAAGAAAAAGAAAUCCGGAUUCUGAUGCUCGGUCUGGACAAUGCCGGAAAAACUACGAUUUUGAAGCGCAUUAACGGCGAACCGAUCGACACAAUCUCACCAACACUAGGAUUCAAUAUCAAAACUUUACAGCACGACAUGUACAAGCUGAAUAUAUGGGACGUAGGCGGGCAAAAAUCAAUCCGGUCUUACUGGCGAAACUAUUUUGAACAAACGGAUGCGCUCGUAUGGGUCGUUGAUUCUGCCGAUAGACUCCGGCUUAGAGACUGCAAAGAAGAAUUGGCCCAGUUGCUGCAGGAGGAGAGAUUGGCAGGGGCGACAUUGCUUGUGUUUGCAAAUAAGCAGGAUCUUGCAGGUGCCUUAUCUGAGCAAGAGAUACGGGAGGCUCUGGAACUCAGUAAUAUUAAAAGCCACCAUUGGGCCAUCCAGACAUGCAGUGCAGUUACUGGUGAAAACUUACUGAAAGGGAUGGAUUGGGUAGUGAAUGACGUAGCAUCACGAAUUUACAUGCUAGAAUAAAAAU